UCUCCUUUCUUUCGCCCCUCUAAGAUAUCAUCAUUUUCCCAUUAGAAAGGAAAAUUUCGAAAUCAAAAGACAACUGGAACAGAUCAGCGUUUUGAGAUCCUUUGCGCAACGACACACGAUGAAACGGUAGAAAAGUUGUGACUGUCGAUAACGAUAUUUAAAGAAAGCAGAUUCCCACGUCUGAGCAAUUGAUAGCAUCAAAAAGGGGAAGUAUAUAAAGGUAAGAAUCGAUCGACUUUCGACCAUCAGUUUGCUAAAUAGAUCCCCUUUCGAUCGCCCCACAUGCAGCAAUCCAAAGUCAACAGCUACUAUGCAAAUCUUGUUGCAGGUUAUUUUCGCCCUAAUCGGAUUGACGGUCAAUGUCGGUUCUGCUCGAACGCCGACAGACUGGGCCAACAACAAGCCCAUCGUUUCCUUCCAUUGCUGCAAUCACGCCAGGGGACAGUUCCAGACCAACAAGCAGUUGAAGGACGUUCUGGCCCGUGUGCCUCGACUGGGCAGUGCAUUCACCUCAACAUGCCUGAAAGAAUUGAGAGAAACGAAGGAGCAAUUGAAACAAACCCCGAACCUCUCGACGAGAAUGAACGUUGUCGUUGAAAAUGCAACGGAAUCAUUUAGUGUUGCCACUUUAGAUGUAGAAAACGAUCAGGUUAAAACAGCAAAAUUUCCUAAAAAAAUAGAAAUAGAAGAUUCCAAAGUGGAUUAAACGGUAAAUGCAGUAAACUUAUUGAAACUGAAACCUUAAAAGAAACCGAUUUAAAUGACACAUUCCAGUUUUGGACAGAAAAGUCUUGUUUGCGAUUUAGGAGAACAGUGGAUGACACAAUUAGAAGUGUUUCAGCACAUUACAGUUUUCACAUACCAGUUUUAAAAUCUUUGAUACUACUGGAGAUAGAAAUUUUUAGACUCAUUGGGUAAAAUUUGUACCACCAUUACUGUAAGAUUCCUUGAAUUUUAAUCCAACAAUUAGAUUCUUCAAUCCCAACUUAUUCUGUUUUCUUUUAAUGAACACUUUGACUAUUGUUCAAGCUGUAACGGGUUCUUCAUACUCUACACGAAAUAUGACGGUUUUGUGCCGAAAUGUGGAAAUAUUACAAGCAACGAGACUGGUAUACUCAUA